GUCAGUAUUUAGUGGGCUGGUGAGGACUGUUUGGGCCUCUGUGUGGGCUGAUUGAGCCUCUGUGUACCUGAAAUGCCAGAGCCUAUUUUAAUUCUCAGUCUGGACCUGAUUUAAGUCAACAAGUUAGCUAGGUGAGUCAGACUUCUACAUGCACAUUUGUUUAAAGUAUGCCCAGAAGAACCUUAUUGUGAGGAAACAUUGAGUGUUGUACCAAUUACUCUAUUGUAGUUACAACAAUUUCUAGGACAAUAAAUAAGCAAUCGACCUCAGAAGGGGACAAAGUCUUCCCGUAGUGCCUGUAGUAAGGUUCAGAGUUAAAUUAUACAUUUAUUUUAAAGCAUGAAUUCCACAUGCUUCCUGUAUACAUCAGGACACUCAUGGGGUCUAGGAACUUGGAACCUUUUAUUUUUUGUGUUCAAUUUUCGCAGUUGGGGUAUUCUAAGGUGCAACCUUGCUUUCUGUAGUUUGAGACUUGCUGCUUGGUCUUGGGCAUGGCGUCUGAUGAUGAACAGAUUAAUCUUUUUCUCUUAGUUUUGCUGCAUAGUGUACGUCUAACUGCUUCCCUAUCCAAUGUAUUCAUUUAAGUGGCUCCAUGGCAGGGAGGGGAAAGCAACAUUUUAUAUGUCAUUUUUAGUUGUCCCCCAUUAGAAAAUAGUAGUUGAGGUACAGCAUAGGUAGAGCAACAACUGUAAUACAUUAUGGGUUUAUUUAAAUUCCUUUCAAAAGAAUGGAAACUUUUUUUAAUAGCCUACAUUUAAUUAAAGUACACUUUGAGUAUUGCAUUUAUUGGAUGGAACAGCAGUAUAAACCUAUUUGUGCAUUAAUGGUGGUGUCUAAGAGGGAUUUUCUGAGUUCGCUUGUGUGUGUGUUGUCAGAAGCACUCUGUUGCAAAGCAAUCCGCUUCAAAUCCCAGAGGGUGGCACCUAUGAAUGCCACACAACAUCGUUGCUUUGUGGCGUGGCGGCGUUCCGCAUUAAACGUGCAAGGGGUUCCUUGCUUGCAGCAGCCUGUGUGCCAUGGAUUUCUUCUUUAGUGGCAGCGUAUGAUGUCAUUGCACCGUGCUUUGGCGCAAAAAUUCUAAAUAACAGGAUGCAGCGCCGAUUCUGAUGACAGAGCCGCCUGAGGCAGCUCCUAAAAUGCCACCCCCCCCCUCGCCUGCUUACUGAUCGGAAGGGGAGGCAUCCAAGGCAGGAACAAUAGUGCGGAGAUCGCAACUGCACCCUCUCGCACUAGUAAAGCCAAAUUUCUGGUUUCAAAACCGGAAAUUCGGCUCUUAAAAGUACCAGGAGCGGCUUUUUGCCACCUCUGUAAGCAUAUCUGGCGCUGCCGCCUGAGGCGAGCACCUCAGUUCGCCUCAUUGGCGCAGCGCCCCUGACAGGAUGUUAGAGACAUGGGUUCAAUUCCCAAAUAUAGGUCCUUCCAGGGUGUUCUCAUAUUUUUCUUGAUCUGCCAGUUCCUGAUCUCCUGUUACAACUUUGACUUUGCUUAGAUAGGCAUAGUGUUCCUGUUUGUAUGUUAGGGUGGAAGGCAUUUCCUUUAGAAGCCAGUGACUAUAUAAAUCUUCCUCCUACACCUAUAUCAACAGGAAAAAAGAACAGAUUUCAUCACUUCAAAUUCAACAAAAGCAAACACGCAAUAAUGUAUAUUCAUGUUCCUUAACUCACAGAUGGUCAUAAAACUAUAUUUCAAAGUGUUGUAACAAAUUAAUGGGCCAAGAGUCAGGUAAAUAUGUGCUGAUUCUUGGUUGGUCUGAAAAUUUUUGUUUUAAAUCACAAUAAACGUUUGACUAUAAAGCACUGCGCAUAACUGUUUAAAUAUAGUGGGGAAUGUACUGUAAGUAAAGAGAAUAAACACAAAGGACACUUAUUAACAGAGGGUGGGCAUGUCAUUUGUUUGCUCAGUAGUAACUAAGAUUACAUAGAUGAUGAUAUGGCCGGUAACAAACAAAGUCAUCACAGAACAUUCUGAACAGGUACAAGAACACAAAAAUCUAAGUUAAAGAUUAACAAUGAAAGUUAUGACAUUUUAAAAGAAAUAUUAGAAGUGAGUGUGAUUUUGGCAACAGAUUUUAAGUGCAUUAAACAAGAACAGACCUAUCACAGCUUUCAUCAAAGGUUUUGACUUAAAAAUACGAAAUUCAUCAUGAACAUUCAAAGAAUUUGGCUAUGUCUUUCCAUUUGCUUUGGUUACUCAUUAAGUAACCGUGUAUACAUUCACCCGUUCAACCUAUUUGCUUACAACAAAAACGAGUGUGAAAAAGUCAAAAAACAAAAUCACACAGCAGAAGUAUCAUUCACUCCAGUCUCUAUCGAAGUAAAUAUUGCACCUGAAGAAGAAACAUUGGGAAGCACAAGAGCUCUAGAAAUUAAGCUACUUGGGACUGUUGAAAGGCAAAGAGUGAGUAUAUUACCAUCUCUUGUGAAUGAUGUUGGAUUUCGGUGUUUUAAUGGAUGGAAAGAAACACACAAAGAUGACACCAUCCUUAUGUCUUUCACCAAUCUAUUUGGAUCACUGGUUUCUUUUUACUUGGGUGCCUCAACUCACACUUCAGCUGAUCUGCAGGCAUUUUUAGGAUUUGCUCACCAGUCAGGGGACCAAGACUGCGUCUCUAAAGUGGAUGCUCUAAAAGUCAUUUCAACACUCAAGCACAUUGAUAACCGUCUCUUUUCCAAAGAUAACAGCAUUGAGUCACAGAAAAUGACAUGUCUGUUUGUCUCCAAAGAUGUUCCUCUGUCUGAAACCUUUAUUCAUAAUCUGAUUCCUUCAUCUGAUAAAUUUUAUGUGAGAGGGGUAGAUUUUACCAAUCCCCCCAAAGCUGUGGACUUAAUCAAAAAAUAUCUGGACACUCGGUCAACGAAAAAAGGCAAAUAUAUAUUAACACCAGUUGAUGCCUCUACCAAUAUCCUUUUUACUAGCUAUCUCCAUUUUAAAGGCACACUGCAAAAUUCAUAUUUAAUUCCGGAACCUCAAGAUUUUUGGAUUGAGCCAGGCAGAAAAAUUGCUACUUCCAUGAUUUCAAUGUCUGGAAUGUUCCAUUAUAAGCAUGACAUCAACAUGAAUCAGGUUAUAGUAAAGGUUCCACUAGGUGAAAAUGAUUUCAUGCUAUUGAUUCAGCCAAUAAAUGAGAACACCCUUGAAAAUAUAGAGUCUUCCCUUUCUUGGGAUACAUUUCUGAAAUGGCUGGAGAACCUAUCAAGCAGCCAAAUCAAUCUAUCUUUGCCAAAGAUGGAAAUAGAAAGUUCUUAUGAUAUUCAAGAAAUUCUUAGCAACAUGGAGUUACCAUAUCUACUCGGAAAAAAAGCUGAAUUUACUAAGAUAAGCAAUGUACAGCUCACAGUUGGAAAGGUUAUUAAUAAAGUUCAUUUUGAGCUACAAGAAAGUGGUGAACAUGUAAAUAAAGCACAACAUAUCCCACUGAAUAAAAAAGACCAAGAGCCACUGGAGAUCAAAUUUGACAAGCCAUUCUUUUUUGUUGUCUUUGAAGGCACAACAAAGGCAUUGCUUUUUAUUGGAAGAGUGAAAAGUCCUCUAAGUACAAUGUAACAUUUUGAUUUUCAAGAAAAAUAUGGUAAACGAACUGCAAACAUUGCUUCUAAAUAAUUGCUCCAAUUAUAUAUUUAUAUAUAUAUAUAUAUAUAUAUGUGUGUAUAUAUAUAUACUUCCCCAAAAUCCCAGCACUCACGAUAAAUGGUCCUCACAUUGCCUGGGUGCACGCCUCACAAAAGCUGCAUACGAUCCUCUCCAAAAGAAGCCGCACUGCUCAGGACUUAUUGCAAAGUAAUAUAUUUAUUAGAAAACCUAACGUUUCGGCUGCA